AUGACACAUAUUUUGUCUUGUCCUGCAUGCCCCUACACCUGCACACGCGAGGACCUGUACAACGCCACUGAUAAGCUGUGUCAGUCGUUGAGUACUGGUCCUCGCAAGUAUAAACGUCAGAGUCGACACGCUAAGAAGAAGAAGACAAUUGUAAUGGGCAACGAGCAAUCAGUGCGCGCUUCACACUUCCACAAUGACCAUAGGCCCGAAGACGAGGACAACAGACGAAGGCCCGAAAAAACACACGAGCCCGACGAGAACGGCGACGAUGACAAUGAAAACCACAUCAGUAUUUCUAACAAAAUGGUGGAACGUCUAGUGGAAGACGCGGCUUUAGCAGGAGGUGCAGCGGCGGCGGUUGCGAAGGCAUCAGCCACUGGGCACGCACCACGAGGCGACUAUAAAGACAAGAUCUUCAUCGAGAAACUCAAGUGCCUGGAUGAUAGUCAUUCCGAGAAAACUGGUUUGACUAUAGAAGAUGUGGAUGCGACUGUAAAACGGAUAGAAAUGCGGACGGCAAACCUAGCGAAUAUCGGAACGAUCUGCGAAGAGUCUAUGAAUGUCGUCCUGGACUGCUACAACACGCCAGGGUACUCGAGUAGCGGUAAAUGCUGGGGUGUUAUCGAGCAAUUCGAGAAGUGCGUGCAGGAGCACGCGGCGGAGCGGCUGCGCGUGCGCACGCAGAAGGACGCGCGCGAGCAGGCGCGGCGCACGAGGCACAUCGCCCGCGCCCGCGAGUCGGCGCUCAAGGACCUGGGGCCCGGGCCCCGCCAGACGCCGGUGCUGUGAUCCGUGGCUUCUGCCGCCCUGGCGCGUCCGACUGCGACCCGAGUCGUCGCUACCUUCCCGAGAUCAGUGCGCGGAAGUAGCGUGUUCAAUUAUCAAUAUAUUUUGAUAGUCAGUUCUGUCUUGGACCGAUCAAUAAACAAAUCAAGGAAACGAUGUGUCUUCGUGACUCUUUUGUAUAGCGUUUUAAAUGUUACACAAUGCAAUCGGUAACCUAUCACAAACUCGAUUUUUUUUUCCGAAAUAACGUAUGUUCGAAUUUUCAUUACAUUGAAAACCGAAUUAUAACGAAAU